AUGGAUAUGCCAAAAAUCGUUCAAAACAUAGACUCUGGAAAUGAUUUGCAUAUAAAGAAAGAAGAAAAGCAGAAAAUUGAAAAUUCAUCUGACACUGUUAAAGUUGACAUAAUAUGGUCUUUUGUAUUAUUUUUUGUUAUAAGCCAUUUAUGUGCUUUAUAUGGGAUUUUCCUUGUAUUUACAUCAGCUAAAAUACUGACAACAUUAUUAGGAAUACUUUUUUGGUCUAUGUCAGGCAUAGGAGUAACAGCUGGCUUACAUCGUUUGUGGUCCCAUAAAUCGUAUAAAGCUAAAUGGCCGCUACGAGUAUUAUUAAUGUUGAUGAGUACUAUGGCUUUUGAAAAUCAUAUUUAUGAAUGGUGCAUGGAUCACCGAAUACAUCAUAAAUACACAGAUACAAACUCUGAUCCUCAUAAUGCUAAAAGAGGUUUCUUUUUUUCACAUGUUGGUUGGUUAGUUGUAAAAAGGCACCCAGAUUAUUACGAAAAGUGCAAAAUAAUAGAUAUGAGCGAUUUGCAGAAAGAUCCUAUUGUUAUGUUUCAGAAAAUGUUUUAUAUUCCAAUUUUAUUAUUGAUGUGUUUUUAUAUCCCGACUGCUAUUCCAGUGUACUUGUGGAAUGAGACAUGGAUUAAUGCAUUUUUUGUUCCUACUAUGUUACGCUAUGUAUUCACUCUUAAUAUGACAUGGCUAGUUAAUAGUGCUGCUCAUAUUUGGGGAAAUAGACCUUAUGAUGCUUCUAUCAAGCCUUCUGAAAACUUAUCUGUGUCAAUUGGAGCAUUAGGUGAAGGUUGGCAUAAUUAUCAUCAUACAUUUCCUUGGGAUUAUAAAGCUGCUGAGCUGGGAAAUUACAGAACAAAUAUGACAACAGCUUUUAUAGACUUUUUUGGUCUCAUUGGAUGGGCAUAUGAUAUGAAAACUGUUCCUAGCAAAAUGAUUUUAAAGAGAGCAUGUAGAACUGGAGAUGGUUCUCAUACUAAUGGUGAUGGAAUUUGGGGUUGGGAUGAUGAAAACAUAACGAGAGAAGACCGAAACUUAACAACAGUUAUAAAUAAAAAAAAUGACUAGUGAAAAUUGAGUUAUAGUUAAUAAAAAAAUUGUAUUAUUUUAUAGUUUUUAGUACUUAUAUUUAUAAUUGUGAAAUAAUUAAUUAAAUUAAUUUUAACACAA